AGGCAGAACAGAGAAUUAGGACUGGGGGGAGUGGGCCUGGAUGAGUGGGCCACACCCAUGAGGAGCUUGCUGAGUCAGACUCCAGGCUCUAGGUCUUCCAGACGGUGAGGCUCUGAUACAAUGCCUGUCCAGUUUACAGGAGACCCUACCAUAUAAAACCAUACCCAACCUAGUAGUUCUAUACCCCUAACCUUCCCUACCAUAUAAAACCGUAUCCAACCGAGUAGUUCUAUACCCCUAACCUUCCCUACCAUAUAAAACCAUAUCCAACCGAAUAGUUCUAUACCCCUAACCUUCCCUACCAUAUAAAACCGUAUCCAACCGAGUAGUUCUAUACCCCUAACCUUCCCUACCAUAUAAAACCAUACCCAACCAAAUAGUUCUAUACCCCUAACCUUCCCUACCAUAUAAAACCAUACCCAACCGAAUAGUUCUAUACCCCUAACCUUCCCUACAAUAUAAAACCGUAUCCAACCAAGUAGUUCUAUACACCUAAUCUUCCCUACCAUAUAAAACCGUAUCCAGGCAAAUAGUGAGCUCUGUACCCCAAACCUUCCCUAACCUUCUAAGGAAGUAAAAAGGCUCAACUGGGCCACAUGAGGUCAGUGGCAGCCACUGACCCCGAGGCUGUUCCUUGGGCACCACGAAACUCAGUGCAGCCCUCCCGGGACAGAACAGGCUCUGUUUUCCAUCUCUUUGACAAGCAGUAUGGGAGGAUAGACCCAGGGCACCCUCAGGGUCAGCGCCCUGGCAGGAAGCUGUUCCCACAGUCUGGAGCUGCCGACCUCAGGCUGUGUCUUCUCCUUACCCACUACCCCGCCCCACUCUUGGCUUUCAUGGCUCUAGCCAGAUAAGACUGGCUGAUGCAGACAUGAAGAGACUUGGGCUGGCCGGGCCAUUGCCUCAGUGUUGAAUCUUUGUAUAUUAAUCUCGAUGAGAGGUGACCCAGGACCUACCUCUGAGGCACAGGUCAGCAUAGGUGGUUGAGAACUCGGGGUGGUGGCAAGGCAGAUACCUGGGGCCUGCAGCCUGUGAGCUACAGUCAAGGGCCGCAGCCUUGCCCCUUGGGCUGUUCCACGGUCCUUCCUGCCUGCCUUUCAUCAGCUGGAGCAGAGUGGGGUGGGUGGGCACUGUGACCUGGCUGCUAGGCUAAUGCGCUUGCCUCAGGCUUAGCCAAAGUGGGUUUGUGGCUGGGGCACUAGCAGCUAGAAAAUGCACAGAAGGCAGCAGCAGCUUCACCGUAAGACCCGGGCUGCAUUCCCUCACAAGUGUUCUAUUCACUGGUCUGGGUGACUGGGAGUGGAGGAUGGAGGUCAGAGGUCAGAGCAGGCUGGACUGAGUGGGGAAACCGAGGCCAGCGGAAACCUAGCCUGCAUGAGCAUGUUUGAAUAUCUCACAGUGCAGCCUCUGUUCGUGGCACGUCAGGGAAGCAAGGCGGGGCCUCGGGGCCUCAAGUCUCACUUUUCAGAUUGGGCUGAAGAGCAGCAGACAGGAGGCAGGGAGUCCAACCUGGGCUCCUUCCCUUGGAGUGCCCUCUGAGCUUCCCUGGGCUGGCCCAGCUCUGCUCUCUCAUUGUCAAGCUCCGUAGUCUCUGUAGUCUCCGCUCUCCUCCCUGUGCCAUCCUCCUCCAGCAGUCAGACUCCCCAGGUGUGGCUGCUGGAAGGCUUAGGGUGGAGCAGGUACGUCUUGCUGGCUCUGAUUCCCACAGCCCAUUUGUCAUUUCCCAAUAGACGCAGGGCUUGGAAGACAGGGUUUGAAGCCAGCUCAGUUUCCAGGGCUUCUGACAAGAGCCCCAGUCCAGAGAUUUUCUAGCCCAGAGCAAUUCCAGAUUUGGCUUUCUGCCCCACUGUUUGAUACAUUGUAUCAGCCUUCAAAGGGUGAGAAGACACUGUGUUUUGUUGGGGGGAAGCUCAAGACACAAACCGGGUGCCCUGUGGGGUCAUGCACUAAAGUCCCCACUAAGUUCUGCGGUGACCUUGACUCGGAGACCCAUUCGGAGUGAGGGUCCGAGAAUUUGCAGCUUGACCAUACCUAAACUAUGUCUCAAGGCAGGUGACGCACAGUUAGGAUAAGUGGCUUGUGCCAGGUCGGUAACCUUGCCCGGAUCUGCUCUGUGGUACCUCAGUUUACACAACUGUAGAGGUGGAUGGGCGUUCACAUUCACUGGGGGUAGAUUGAGACCUCAGAAGGAAGACUUUGCCAAAGUCUCUUGGUGUGGGAGUGGGGGUGGGGUACUGACCCUAGGGCGUGAUGCUGGGAGCCAAGACCUAGGGCUGGCGACCGGUCAGGCCUAGCUGCAGAGUCCCGCCCAGGCCUGUUGUGGGCGGAGCCUCGCCCGCCCCGCCUGGGUGCGCCCCGCCCGAUUGGCUGCUAGCCGUGGCCGCUGCCAGGUCCGCCUUCACCGGAGCGAGUCAGUAGACCUGGAGCGGCCUGGGGGCCCGCGGAGCGCGGUCCGGCUGCCGCCCCCGCCGGCUUGCAGCCUCGAGCCUCGGUCCGAUGCCGGCCGAACUCAGACAGGAGCAGAGCCCGGGUAGCCAGGCAUCGCUGGCCACGAUGCCAGAGGCACCUGAGGUGCUGGAGGAGACAGUGACAGUGGAGGAAGACCCUGGCACGCCCACCUCCCACGUGUCCAUUGUCACAUCAGAAGAUGGUACAACCCGGCGCACUGAGACUAAGGUCACCAAGACAGUGAAGACUGUGACCACAAGAACAGUACGCCAGGUGCCUUUGGGCCCCGAUGGACUCCCCUUGCUGGACGGUGGUCCCCCACUUGGCUCUUUUGCGGAUGGGCCCCUGGACCGGCAUUUCCUUCUGCGUGGUGGUGGCCCAGCAGCCACACUCUCCCGAGCCUACCUCAGCAGUGGAGGUGGCUUCCCUGAUGGCCCUGAGCCCCGUGAUAUCCCAAGCUAUGGCAGCCUGUCCCGAGGGCUUGGGGUACGGCCCCCACGCACUGGCCUCCUGGGCCCGGGGCCUGGGGAUGGCUGCUUUACACUGCCUGGCCGCCGAGAAGCCUUCCCCAUGGGCUCUGAGCCUGGCCCGCCAAGUGGCCGCUCCCUGCCUGAGCACUUCCAAGCUGAGCCGUACGGCCUUGAGGAUGAUACACGGAGCCUGGCUGCCGAUGACGAGGGCGGCCCUGACCUGGAGCCUGACUAUGGCACAGCAGCACGGAGGAGACAUGAGUGUGGGCGGGGCCUUCGUGCCAGGGCCUUUGAGGACACAGCAGAUGAUGCCGGUGAGCUGAUAGAUGAGCGACCUUCAUUCCCAGCAGCAACGGCCCCUCUGGCCCAGCCUGAGAGGGGCAGCCUGGGCAGCUUGGACCGGGUCGUGCGGCGCUCGCCUUCAGUGGAUAGCGCCCGCAAGGAGCCACGCUGGCGGGACCCUGAGCUGCCAGAGGUGCUGGCAAUGCUGCGGCACCCUGUGGACCCUGUGAAAGCCAAUGCAGCAGCCUACCUGCAGCACCUCUGCUUUGAGAACGAGGGCAUCAAGCGGCGUGUGCGGCAGCUGCGCGGGCUGCCCCUGCUUGUGGCGCUCUUGGAUCACCCUCGGGCCGAGGUGCGGCGCCGGGCCUGUGGGGCGCUGCGCAACCUCUCCUAUGGCCGCGAUGCUGACAACAAGGCUGCCAUCCGGGACUGUGGGGGUGUGCCAGCCCUGGUGCGCCUGCUGCGAGCUGCCCGUGACAAUGAGGUCCGUGAGCUGGUCACUGGCACACUCUGGAACCUGUCAUCCUACGAGCCCCUGAAGAUGGUCAUCAUUGACCACGGCUUACAGACGCUGACCCAUGAGGUCAUCGUGCCCCACUCAGGCUGGGAGCGAGAGCCUAACGAAGACUCGAAGCCCCGGGAUGCCGAGUGGACAACGGUCUUCAAGAACACAUCAGGCUGCCUGAGGAAUGUGAGCUCGGAUGGUGCAGAGGCCCGGCGGCGACUCCGAGAGUGCGAAGGGCUGGUGGACGCGCUCCUACAUGCCCUGCAGUCAGCUGUGGGCAGGAAGGACACAGACAAUAAGUCAGUAGAGAACUGCGUGUGCAUCAUGCGGAACCUGUCCUACCACGUGCACAAGGAGGUUCCAGGGGCAGACAGAUACCAGGAGACUGAGCCUGGGAUCCAGGGCAGUGCCACAGCCUCCCAGCGUCGGAGAAAGGAUGACGCCAGCUGCUUUGGUGGCAAGAAGGCCAAAGAGGAGUGGUUCCACCAAGGGAAGAAGGAUGGAGAGAUGGACCGGAACUUUGACACACUGGACCUUCCCAAACGAACUGAGGCUGCCAAAGGCUUUGAGCUGCUGUACCAGCCCGAGGUGGUACGUCUCUACCUCUCACUCCUUACGGAGAGCCGGAACUUCAACACCCUGGAAGCUGCAGCUGGUGCCCUGCAAAACCUCAGUGCCGGCAACUGGACGUGGGCCACCUACAUCCGUGCCACGGUGCGCAAGGAACGUGGGCUGCCAGUGCUGGUGGAACUGCUCCAGUCCGAGACCGACAAGGUGGUGCGUGCCGUCGCCAUCGCGCUUCGCAACCUUUCACUAGACCAGCGUAACAAAGACCUCAUUGGGAGCUAUGCCAUGACAGAGCUGGUGCGGAAUGUUCGCAAUGCACAGGCACCUGCUCACCCUAGUGCCCACCUGGAGGAGGAUACGGUGGUAGCCGUGCUCAACACCAUCCACGAGAUUGUGUCCGACAGCCUGGACAACGCUCGCUCGCUCCUGCAGGCCCGUGGUGUGCCUGCACUGGUGGCACUUGUGGCUUCCAGCCAAUCGGUGCGGGAGGCCAAGGCAGCAUCGCACGUGCUACAGACUGUGUGGAGCUACAAGGAGCUUCGUGGAGCCCUACAGAGGGACGGCUGGACCAAGGCACGCUUCCAGUCCGCUAGCACCGCCAAAGGACCCAAAGGAGCGCCCAGUCCCGGGGGCUUCGAUGACAGCACACUGCCACUAGUCGACAAGAACCUUGAUGGGGAGAAGUCAGCCACCAGAGAUGUGAUCCCCAUGGACACACUUGGUCCAGAUGGGUAUGCCACAGUUGACCGGAGGGAACGGAGGACACUGGGCAGUGACUCCACAGGGAAGACCUCUGAGAAGGAACUCUUGAAACCUGAUCCUGGCAGGAAGGCCCCUCCGCCUGGGCCCAGCAGGCCCUCAGUCAGGCUGGUGGACGCCGUGGGGGAUGCUAAGCCUCAGCCUGUUGACUCCUGGGUCUAGCUUGCAUGCCUGGGCCCUGGCCCAGCUGUUGGUUCUUAGGGAUCACAUCACCAUAGCUGGAAGGGCGGUCCUGAGCAGACCCAGUCCUGGAGCCGGGAGCCCCACCCUUAUGUGGCGGGUUGGCCAAGCCUCUUGUCCCAAGCCAGGGCCUGACUUUAUGGAUCUCCCUGUCUUACCCUCCCCUCUCCUCCACUCUCCUGAUCUAACUCUCCAGGCCUGAGUUAGCUGUUUACUGACAAGGUGCUGUGUAGUGGGAGAGAAGGGGUGGGGUGUCCCCAUGCAGUGCCACAAAGGAGCAAAUAUGAGCCUGGAGUGGAGGUCCUGGGGCAGGAAAUAGGACAGGUGGGGACUAUGGAAAAGAACUUGGUCUCCCAGGGGUGGCUGGAAUACUACCCCGCAUGCAGGCUGACCACAGUGAGGACUGCUCCAGGAGAGUCCAGGCAGGGAAGUGUAGGAGGCAGAUAGCUUGGGGGACAAGCUGUGCUUGCCCCCAGCCCCCAUCAUGGGUUUCCUGGGACACCCUCCCUCUGCAGUGUACUCUUCCUGAGCUGCCUCUGCUGGGGCCAACCCGGGUCCUACAUCUGCCUAGAACCUCAAGUAACCUCGGGCCUGACUGCCAGCAGCAGCGGGGGAACUGUUCCUCAGUGCCUGCUGUUUGUGACUUCAAGAUGAAGACGACUGACAAAAAGCAUUAAAAAAGAAACCAAAAUAAGACUGUAUCAGCAAACAUUGAAAUUUUUGUAAGAAAAUUUAAAGAUUAAAAGAGCAGCAAAGGAA